GGGGCGGGGCGCGCCGAGGGGGCGUGGCGCGGCGUCUGCGCAGCUGCCAGCGCCUUUAAGCCCGGGCUCGCUCUGCCGGACCGUGCUUUCGCCGCCUGGGAGCCGUCCGGCGCAGCAGUUUCUAGGUCCCUACUGUCCCCGCCGUCCCGCCCCUUCGUGUCCCGGGAACCGGCUGGCUUCCGAGCCGCACUCGCCGAUCCUCCAGGCAUGCCCCGCUACGAGCUGGCUUUAAUCCUGAAAGCCAUGCAGCGGCCAGAGACUGCUGCUACUUUGAAACGUACGAUAGAGGCCCUGAUGGACAGAGGAGCAAUAGUGAGGGACUUGGAAAACCUGGGUGAACGAGCGCUUCCUUAUAGGAUCUCUGCCCACAGUCAGCAGCAUAACAGAGGCGGGUAUUUCUUGGUGGAUUUUUAUGCACCCACCGCAGCUGUUGAAAGCAUGGUGGAGCACUUGUCUCGAGAUAUAGAUGUGAUUAGAGGGAAUAUCGUCAAACACCCUCUGACCCAGGAACUAAAAGAAUGUGAAGGGAUUGUCCCAGUCCCACUCGCAGAGAAAUUAUAUUCCACAAAGAAGAGGAAGAAGUGAGAAGAUCGCCAGAUUUUAGCCUUAUAUGUAAUUCCUUCACAUUUGGGCAGCAUGGACGAGAAGGAAGAGUUUGCAAGUUUGGCCUUUAUAUAAGCAUGUGUUGCAGGUGCUGUUUGAUUUUUCUAAGGUAUUUUUAGCCCUUGAUCCCCUUUGCUUGUGAGAGGUGGGGAACUGCUCACUGACAGCUUCUCUGUAACCUGCAGUACCAGUGGAUCAUUCUUGAUUUUGUUUUCAUUAGUGUCAUUUCUUUGUCAGUGAGGACUUUUCCCCUUACAACAGUAACACCAUUUUUUGAAGAGCAAAACUUAUAAUACCUCCUGGGAUUGUGAGCUAGUCAUUCAGCCUGUGUAACCAUGCGGAAAUAAAAAUUGACGACCAAUGUAUUAUAUGGACAACUUUUGCUUUGAGUAAUAAACUUGAUUGUAGGAA